CUUAUAACUACCCCUUGGGGGCUAUAUAUAUGAAGUAAAUGUGGAUUUGGGCUCCUAGCCAUGGGCUUAGGAAACCUAUUACAAUAAUCAUGUAUUUUUUGGAUGAAAUAAGACCACUAAUGGGCUGAGUACAACACUUAGUGAAUUAAAAUAGGAAAAUACAUUCUACCGGGAUAGUCCUUGGCCGAUGCGAUGUCUUUGGCCGAUGCGUUCCCCGGUCAAUGGGGGACCCAUUUUGUCUACGGAGGGUUUCCUGAGCUGUUCUGUCUCUGGCCGUUACGGGACCCACCUGGCCGAAGGCUACCACGUGGAUGCCCCUAUGAUGAUGUUUAACCUUCUGAGUAUGUGGGCCAUGGGGUCUGAGCGCAUAUACUUUAUCAGUACUUUUCCACCGUUUUUUUACACUACUCAUUAGUCAUUACCCCUAUAAUUUUAGGCUUAAAUGUUGUGCCCACCUUAUUUUAGAGAACUUCGGAGUACAUGAAAAAUACGUGUCUUGUGUGUCAUCUUUUAUCUUUCCACUCAUUUAAGAACAGAUGGCCUCUAGAAUUUAUUAACAGUGAUUGAUCACAAGCUUAAAUCGAGAUAUAAUUACGUUAAUGGAUAUGGAGACACCGGCCGACAUCAUAGCAGUCCCAUUUCCAUAUCAAGGUCACACAAACCCUAUGCUUCAAUUCUGCCGUCUCUUAACGGCGGCCGGCGGCCGCCCCAAUGUCACCUUAGUCCUCACCCACGACGUCGCAAAAUCCAUUCACCAAUCCUCCCUCUCCCAAAUCAUACACACGCUAGAGUUAAUCUCCGACGGAAACGGCGGCGGCGCACAGCCUACGUUCGAGGAAUACCGCGCGCGCGUGCAGGCCGCCGUCUCGGAGGGGGUCGCCGCCGUCAUCGAGAAGCGAAAGAGGGCCAAACUUCUAGUGUACGAUUCGAUGAUGCCUUGGCUAGCGGAGAUCGGGAGAGCGCGUGGGCUGCGCGUGGCUGCUCUGUUCACACAGUCUGCUUCGGUUUGCAGCAUCUAUCACCACAUGCUUCAGGGGCGGCGCGUCGGAGAACGGGUGGUGUCUCUGCCUGCUUUGCCGGCGCCGAUGGAAUUGCCGUCGUUUUCCUUGUUCGGCGAAAUUGCGGACGAAGUGGAAGAGUUUACGUUGAAGCAGGCAAGAAACAUGGGGAAGGCCGAUUGUCUGUUGUUCAACACAUUUCACGCCUUGGAAAAGGAGGCAGUGAAGUGGUUAUCAGAAAGAUGGGCGAUCAAGACAAUUGGACCGUUGGUUCCAAGAUCUGAAAACAACAUUGACCUGUUCAAGUCAGACCAAGACUGCAUGAAAUGGCUCGACGCCAGAGAGCCCAGUUCGGUGGUCUACACAUCCUUUGGCACCGUAGUGGUCUGGUCAGAGCACCAGAUGCAAGAAAUUGCAAUGGGCUUGGCCCAAUCCAACAAAUACUUCAUCUGGGCCGUUCGAGACUCCGAACAAUCCAAACUUCCCAAAAACUUCAAGCCAAACACGGCACAGAGAGGGCUCAUACUAAAAUGGUGCCCCCAAGUGGAGGUCCUGUCCCACAAGGCGGUCGCGUGCUUCCUUACGCAUUGCGGGUGGAACUCCACACUCGAGGCGCUGAGCUUGGGCGUGCCGGUCGUUGCUAUGCCCCAAAUGGUUGACCAACCCACCAAUGCCAAAUUCAUUGAUGAUGUUUGGCAAGUCGGGGUCCGAGUUAAGGUCAAUGAGCAUGACAUUGUUACGCGACACGAAGUCAACGAUCGCAUUCUGGAGGUAAUGGAAGGGGCGAGAGCCGAUGAAAUUCGAAGAAAUGCAAUCAAGUGGAAGGGGUUAGCAGGGGAGGCUUUGAUGGUAGGAGGAAGUUCGGAUGUGAACAUAAAAAAUUUCAUCUCACAAUUGGCUAUGUAAGUAUGUAAUGAGGAUGGGGAAUAUGGGAUUUCCUUAAAUUAAGAUUCACUUCAUUAUUAUGGUAGCAUAAUAGAAAAAGAAAAUUUAUGAGAUGCCAGGUAUGUAAUACUACUAGUGUAUUAAAUUAUUAACCAACGACUCUUUCAUUUCUAUAAAAACUCAACACUUAGAUGUUGUUACUUGACUGUAAU